AUGAAGCAAGAUUUGCAGGACACACCAAGGAUUGAGUACUUACAAGCUUACAUUGGUGCUGUGCUCAAAUCCAUUAGCGAUCCUCAUCGCAAGAGGUCUCCAAAACUCUCUGCUCAUUGGUACUCUGCUUUUCUCAAGGGCAACACACUUUCUUGGUUCCCAAGACAUCGCCCAAUUGCACAGAACUUCUCUUCUUCCUCCUAA